ACCACACAGCAGGAAACUAUUUCAGCUCAUCAGUUCUGAGGAAAAAAAAACUGAAGUGUAGUCGAGCUGUUGUGGUUGAGUGUUUGUGUCUCUGUAUUCAUGCAGUAAAAUGGCAGAAGCCAGAGUUUCUCAGGAUGAGUUCUUGUGUUCAGUGUGUCUGGAUCUCCUGAAGAAUCCAGUGACCAUCCAGUGUGGACACAGUUACUGUAAGAUCUGUAUUACAGGCUGCUGGGAUCAGGAGGAUCAGAAGAGAGUCUACAGCUGCCCUCAGUGCAGACAGACCUUCAGUCCAAGACCUGCUUUAGCUAGAAACACCAUGCUGGCUGAAGUGGUGGAGAAACUGAAGAAGACCAGACUCUCUGCUGACUGUGACACUGGAGCUGGAGAUGUGCAGUGUGACUUCUGUACUGGAAGAAAAUACAGAGCCGUCAAGUCCUGUCUGGUGUGUCUGAGCUCUUACUGUCAGAAUCACCUCGAACAACAUGAGAGCUUCUUUAGAGGAAAGAGACACAGGUUGAUUGAAGCCACUGGACGACUGCAGGAGAUGAUCUGCCAGAAACAUGAGAAGCUCCUUGAGGUUUUCUGUCGCACUGAUCAGAAAUGUAUAUGUGUGCUGUGUUACCAGCACCGAAGUCAUGACACCGUUGUAGCACCUGACGAACGUGUUGAGUUACAGAAGCAGCUGAAGGAGACGCAGAAAACGCUCCAGCAGAGAAUCCAGCAGAGAGAGAAAGAUCUCCAGCAGCUGAGAGAGACUGUGGAGUCUCAUAAGCGCUCUGCACAGGCAGCAGUGGAGGACAGUGAGAGGAUCUUUACUGAGCUCAUCCGCUCCAUUGAGAGACGGCGCUCUGAGCUGAUACGACUGAUCAGAAAUCAGGAAAAGACUGCUGUGAGUCGAGCUGAAGGACGACUGGAGCGACUGGAGCAGGAGAUCAAUGAUCUGAGGAGGAGAGACGCUGAGCUGGAGCAGCUUUCACACACACAGCAUCACAUCCAAUUCCUGCAGAGUUUCCAGUCUCUCUCAGCACCUCCUGAAUCUACAGACGUAAAUGAAGAUCCCUUUAUUUCUCUCUUCUCUUUUGAUGGCCUAAGAGAAACUGUCUGUCAGCUGAGAGACAAACUGGAGGAUUUCUGCAAAGAGGAGCUGAAGAAGAUCUCAGACAGAGUCACAUUCACCAACAUUGUUCCCAGAACCAGGAAGGACUUCCUACAAUAUUCCCAUCAGCUCACUCUGGAUCUGAACACAGUGAAUAAAUGGCUCCGUCUGUCUGAAAGGAACAGUGCGAUUAGAAACACUGGCACAGAUCAGGGGUAUCCUGAUCAUCCAGACAGAUUUGAUCAGUGGUCUCAAGUGUUGUGUAGAGAGAGUGUGUGGGGACGCUGUUACUGGGAGACUGAGUGGAGUGGGAAUCACGGUGUGUGUAUAUCAGUGUCAUAUAAGAGCAUCAGCAGGAAGGGAGGUGAUGAGUGUUGGUUUGGAUAUAAUGAUCAGUCCUGGAGUUUGUUCUGCUCUCCCUCCAGAUACUCAUUCAGACACAAUAACAUACAGACUGUUCUCCCUGUGAAGUCCAUCAGCAGUAGAAUAGGAGUGUAUGUGGAUCACAGUGCAGGAACUCUGUCCUUCUACAGUGUCUCUGACACAAUGAGCCUCAUCCACACAGUCCAGACCACAUUCACUCAGCCGCUCUAUGCUGGGUUUUGGAUAGAUUAUAAAUCAUCAGUGAAAAUGUGUUGAUGAAUCAGAACAGAUUGUAAGAAGAUUCUGUCCAUAGUUCUUUAAGCAACAUGAUAAAUCAGUGACUGAGAUGUAAAAGAGUCUCUUCUUUUCUCUUUGUUAUAUUAUUGCUGCACCUGAACUUCUGACACUGAAAUAACAUAUCAGAAAUAUUGUGUGUAAUAAAUGCUCAUAUUGUCACGGAUUCAGUCACCUCAGCACCAGACCUCUCAGCUCUACCCACUCGUUCCCAAUCAACAAAAUUAUAAUCAUCCACACCUACAUCGCUCAUCACUGCACCCCAUAUAAGCCUUCACUCUACCACAGCACAGCAUCUGAUCUCAUCGAUCACUACCCUGUGAUCACUUAUGCUGGGUACACGCUAAAAGAUUUUUAAAAUGUGAGAAACCACUAAGAUAAGGACAAAAAAUCCUAGAUUUAACCAUUUUGCUCCUAUAGUGUGUGGUGUGCUGCAGUUUGACAAAGACAGCACACCACAGGAUUUCUAAUCGUAAGUAUUAAACGUUGAAUAUUUAUGAUUCAUGAUCGAGGUGCCUCCGAUGUUCUUCCGAGCAGAUUCAGUCACUUUUAACACACCUCACACCACAGGAAAAUCUGUUGAUAAUCUUUAGAGCCACCAAGAUAAACAGACAUUACCUAGGAUUGUCAGAAGGGGAGAAAUCAGCCCAAAAUCCACCCGAUUAUCUUAUGGUGUGUACCUAGCAUUACCUGACUCCUUAAUACUCCAGAAAUACUUAUCCGUGGACUGUCCUGUCUUCCAUCUUUGUCUGACUUUGUGGUUCCCUGUUGUAUCAGCCCGCACCUGCAAGACAAUAAGACUGUUACCAUAUAAGUUAAGUUUGAUCCAAAUCUCUGAACUCAGUGACUUACCUGUUGACAUUGCUUGUUUCAUGUACUACCUGCAAAUAAACCUCUGUUGUAGAAAUUA